AUGGGAAGCACCACACCUACACCCCCACUCGCGCCCCUCGACCCCAUCUCCGAAUACCGCGCCUGGCAGGCCCUCGCGGUAUACUUCACCGUCCUUCUAAACCGCCAAAUCCGGCGCCGCUGGCACCUCGAGCACCAGUGCAUGCAAGACAGACCCGUAUCUCAAUGGUUCCGACCAGUAAUCUUCCUGGAGCCGAUUCCCCCGCUACACAAACCAGAUUUCGAUCGCCAGGGCCCAGGCACGUCCAAGCUCGCGGCGCUAAAAACAAAAGUGCAUCUUCUCCGUGCCCGGGUUGAAAAGGGCAAGGAACUCGCCUCGGAGAUCGAGCGCAGGAUGCAGCAGCAGGAUCCAGUUAUUGCGUUUCCGACGCAUUUUUGUCAUACGUGUGUGGUUGGGUGUGAGGAUACGUGUAAUGCCGAGACGGAAAUUCUGCUGACCAAGUGUGGGCAUCGGGUUUGUAGGACUUGUCUUUCGUUUGGGGUUGAUGAGGAGGGCGGGUAUGAGUGUAGUAUAUGUUUUGAGCCGGCUUCGUUUGUGGCGAGGUCGCCUUUGUCUCCUGGGUCUGGGCGGGCGAGGUCGGCGGAGGAGAUGAUUUGGGGUGGAGAGGGGAGGGAGAGGAAAGGGGGGAAGAGUGUUUCUUUUUCUUUUGGGGAUGGGUCAUUUGAAUGA